AUGAAGACCAUAUCUGUGGGGUUCACCAUUUACGAGGCGCAGAACCUGGAGGUGGAGGACAAGGAGUUACUGGACCCUCUGGUAAUUGUGCGCUGCUGCAACGAGGAGUACAUCACGAAAAAGAAGAAAAAAAAAUACAACGCAGUUAACUGGGAGGAGAGCUACAUAUGGGAUCGACUCACCCUGUCAGAAAUCGAGUGGAACGUAGCAAAAAUAGAAUUUGAAGUCCAAAGCGCGAAUACCUUUUGGAGGAAUGACGUAAUAGGAGUUAUUUCAUUUGAACUCAAGUUGAUUAAGAAUAAAAAAAACCACCAGAUCUAUGGGACCUACCCAAUACUGUAUAAAAAUGGCACAGAUAUCAGGGGGACACUGAGGCUAAAGGUAAUUGUCUGUGACGAGAAGGAUUAUGUGGCUAAUAGUGACAUAUUUAACGAGUUGACCGAACGGAAUGAAAAACCUACAUUGUAUGGUGGUGCAACUGGCUACUAUGGAACUGGCUACGAAGAUGAGGAGGACCAGCAACUUUACGCAGAUUUGACCAAAGCAGUGGUGGAGGAAAAUCCGAUCAUGGUCAGAGACACACAUUGUAGGAAUUACUAUCUAUAUGUUAAUAUACACAAAAUAGAGGAUAUAUACAUAGAUAUAGAUAGAAAGAAAUUUAGAGACCUGUACGUUACAUGCGAGUUUAAUGGGUGCCACCUGAAGUCAAGUCAAGGAAGGAACUGUGUGAAUUAUACCUUCAAUGAAUGCUUUAAGAUUCCUAUCGCAACUCCAAUUUUGGACGAUUCUAUCAUUAUUAAAAUAUGGGAUUGGAAUUUCCUAUCAAAUGAUGAACUCCUAGCUAUAGGAGUUUUAUCCUUUAACCAGGUAAAGAACGAGUCCUUAAAUCCCACGUGGAUCAAUUUGUAUGGGUUCCAUAAAAAGGAGAUGGACUUUGAAAAGCAUACUCAUCAGUUGGUCAAUUCUGAUUUUAGUCUCUCCAUGGAGGGGAACUAUUAUCUUGGUAGGAUUUGUAUAAGUUCCUACGUCGAAAGGAUAAACAGCUUUGAAAAUAUGAAUAUUGCCAUGACUCAAAGUUGCUUAGCUUUUGACGACCCUUUGUACAUUCCCGUUACUUUGUUAUGCGAUGUAUAUUUUGUGACGGGGGUUUUGGCGCAUAACAUUUAUGUGCAGGUGUCUUGCGGCCCCUUUAGGAAGCGGACCGACUAUGUGCGCGCCAACGAGGGGGACAUGCUCCCAAGGGGGAAUCGAAAUGUGAAGAAAGCGCGUCAGCUCACAGCAAAUGGGGACAACCACCAUGGUGGAAGUAACGGAGAGGCCAACUUUUCCAACCUGUUAAACUUCGAUGAUUUGCUAAACAUGGACAACUUCUUCUCCAAAGUUACGGAAAAGCAAAAAAUCAUCGAGGGGGGAGAUAACACCGAGUUUUAUUUCUCUCCAAGGAAGGGGAAGAUAGAGAACCUCAAGUUUUGCGUCGUCCGGGAUGAGAAGCAGCAGUGGGAUGUAAUCAUAAAUGUGUUCGAGCGGGGAUGCCACCAGGGGGACGCCGCCGAUGAGGGAGAUGGCGCGGAUUACGGUGAUGGAAGCGACGAUAGCGGCGGUAGUGGUGGUAGUGGCGGGCCUAGAGCAAGAUCCCGGCUCACAGACCACCAGAAGUACAUCCUGAGCAAACGAAAAGAGCGAAGUGGAGGGCGGAAAAAUAAGAGGCCUAAUCGGAGGAGACACUCCCCGCGAGAGCGCACCUCCGAAGGUGUAGAAAAAAACGAGGCGUACAACACUGAUAGGAGAAUUGCAUAUUAUAGACUCCCACUAAAGAACGUCCUCCUGUACAAUGAAAAACUGUCAAGGUGUCCCAUUUGGAUCCCCUUAAAGAAUAUCCCCAAAAAUACCCAGGGAGAAAAUAACUGCAUGUACAACAUAUUUCAAAAUGGGUCAAUAUUACUCAACUUAGAAAAGGCUUAUGACGUGCAGUUAGGAAUAAAUAGAAGAAAAAAUCUCAUCCCAGUUAACUAUGAGUUGAGGUGCUACAUCUACGCAUGUCGAAAUGUGGUAUCCCAUUUUAAUGACUCACCUAACACAUUUGUGCAUAUCUCCUGCUCAGGGAAAAUGAAAAUAACAUCUCUUGUGUUGAGCAAUUCUAACCCUGUCUUUUUACAAUGCUUAAAAAUGAACGUGAAAAUUUUAACAGACUAUUCUGUAGGGUUGCCUACCAUUCCCCUCAUCGUAGUCACCUUGUAUGAAUUUUACAAUAACACCUUUUACUUCAUUGGGAGGUGCUUCUGCAAUUACGACAUCUACCUUCGUGACAAUAAAAUGAAGUGUAAUUUCGCAGAUAGAGGCUCUAAAUAUAAUGUAGUCGACCAGGUAAAGCCUAGGUGGAUUAAACUCAAAGGGAGUAAACAUGUAAGGGCUAUGUAUCCAAAUAAUUUGUGGCAACAUCGUGGGAAAGACAAAAGAUUGAUGCAGGAGUAUAUGUAUGAAAAACAGAAAGAGCUUCGAAAAAACAGUGGCCAUAGUAGCAACAACAGUUGGCAUGAGUAUCUCUAUCCACACAACGAAUUACAAAGAGGUGAACGAGUAGGAGAUAUACUCCUCUACUUUGAGCUAGUACAAGAGAAAGACGCUCUGAAAAUACCAGUUUACCCCAUGAUAACAGAGAUAAAGAAAUGCACCUUGUCAUUUUUUUGCAUGUCUCUCGAAAAUUUAAUACUCAUGCAGAGAAAGAAGCAGAUCCAAUUGGUAAGUGACAAACUGACCAGGACUGCCAUCACCCACCCAGUUAUUUUACUCUCCAUCACUUCAUACUCAUCAUAUGGGAAAAAAAAUAACGAAAUUGUCAUUAAAUAUGAAAAGACGUUAAAAUCUAAUACCCAUAUACAUUUGAAGAAUUGGAGGAAUUCCUUCGAUCAGCAAAGCUUCGAAAUGUUUUGCAUCGAAAAUUUAUCGUUAGAUCUUCCUCUUGAUCCCAUUUUUGAUCCCAUUCUGAACAUCAGAGUGUACAACAAGAAAAUCAAGGAGAAGUAUUUCAUUGGAGAGACCAACAUUUCGCUAGUCCCAUACUUGCCCUGGAUUAAGGACCUCGACCAGGUGCUCUACUACCUGCAAGCUCAUGAUGAUUAUUCUGAGACCAUCGACUUGGAAAAUGUGGACAACGCUUUCAAUCUGUACAAGAACAAGAACGCUGCGCUUGUUAUCACAGCCAUUUCCCUGGCCGACUGCGAGCAUACCCUCAACUUGAAGGAGGAGGUCGGCCAGGGCGAGUUAGCCGACGACGACGAGAAGUGGCGGCGGUUGCCGCUUUUUAGGCACGAGGGCGCGCGCGACGAUGAGCGUAGCCAUGAGCGCACCGUUGGGUACGGAGAUUCGUGUGUCGAUCCGCACGGAGGUACAUAUCCUGACCCAUACGCAGAUCCGUACGGCGGUAUGUAUGCUAACCUAUACGCAGAUCCGUAUGGUGGUACGUAUGCUAACCCAUACGCAGAUCCGUACGGCGGUACGUAUGCUAACCCAUACGCAGAUCCGUACGGUGGUACAUAUGCCGAUCCAUAUACCGACCCCUACACCGCUCAACACGCCUCUCCCUAUGGCAACUCGCAAAUGCUCCCAAAUGGCCCCGCGCAGAGCGCAAGUCCAAACGAAGACGUGGUAAAGAACCUGUACAAGAACAACAUCCAGAACCCAGCCACAUAUGGUAUGAUAAACUACAGCAGGGCAAUUAACGCAGGGCAGUUUCCGAGCCAAGGGAACCCAAUGCACAGCUCUCUUGGCAACAGAAACGGGAUGGACAAAAUGAAUAGCCCUUUUGGGAUAGGGUAUCCCUACACCCAAGGGAAGCGAGACAUCAGCACAACUUACAAAAUAAAAUACGAAAACGAAAUAUACAAGCUGCAUGAUGACGGUGUGCCGGAAGUGAUCAAGACAAGUUACAGUGUUAAAAAUUAUCCAUACAUAAAAAUAUUAACGAGUAAAUUCAUCCUCAAUGUUUACAUCCCCCCUAGGUUUAUUCUAUACGUGGAGGGAGACAAAAUAAAUGUGGGGAAAUAUGUGAAGAAUGUUCAUCGCGUUUCAGUAGACGGCGUGUUGGAAAGUUACCUGGACGAUAUACUCAUUCCGUCUCUGCCACUUAGGAGGAAGUUGAACUGGUCGACAAACACUGUGCAGUAUACGAGUGCAAAUGAAAAUAAAAUUACAAAAGGGGGGAUGCAUUUCGCGUGUUAUGAGAAAUUCCCCUUCGUAGAAAUUUUAGGAGGACAAAUAAAGUGCUUUACAAAAAUCCGCUACCAAAAUUUAGAAUCAGAAAAUAUCCCACUAAGUUUGAAAGAUGUAACUAGCCAAAGUGCUUUUAGAAACAAAUUCAGAGGCGAUAAAAAGAUUCCAUUGUACCUCAAAAUUAGGGUCUACGUAUUAAGGGGAAUAGGAAUACGUGGGGUAAAUAAUAGCUAUAUGGCCAACCCUUACUUGAUUUUCUCACUAGGCGAAAAAACAUCUAAUUUGAGAAAUUCCUUUAAGGAGAACAGUUUGAACCCGGAUUUUAGAUGCCUAUGGGAAAGUGAAGCCAUCUUUCCAGAAGACGAAAUUUUAACCAUCAGUGUAUACAGUGCAGAGGAUAACUAUGACAAGCAGAUAAACGAUCUGUACAUUGGCUCAACUGAAAUUAACUUAUUUGAUAGGUGGACAAGUAAGGAGUGGAGAGGUAUGAUGAAGAGGAAUAAAGUCCCCAUAGAGUAUAGACCUUUAUAUAGUGAUGACUUGAAAGCACGACAAGGGGGAGGGGGCACUGGGAGACGCAAUGAUCAGAGUUACUACAGUAGCUCAGCCAUGGAUAGUCUCUACGAAAAGGGAAACAACUGGAAUGGAAUUUUUUCAUUCCUUGAUUUUUUUACUUAUCUUGUGAGACCCACUUCGUCCUACCUUUGGGGGGGGGGAAGUUACAAAAAUGAAGAAGCUAUUUUAGAUACCCAUCAAGAAAGAAAAAAUAAUGGCAUCCUAGAAAUGUGGGUGGAAAUUAUGGACUAUGAACAGUCUAAAAAAAUCCCUAUACAUAAAAUGGGAACUCCUAAAAAGACAGACAUCGAAAUACGAAUUAUCAUUUGGAGAUGCACUAUGCUAUCCAUGGAUGAAAAUCUGAGCAGAACCUUCGACCUCGUCGUCACGGCUGAGUUAGAUUGUGUUAAUUAUAACGGAACCAAUUCUACCAUCCAAUCAACCGAUGUCCAUUAUAGCUGUAAAAAUGGGAACGCCGUUUUUAACUGGAGAGUUGUAUACCCUCGGAUAUCUCACCCAUUAAAUACUUGUUUCUUGCAGCUAGCUGCGUACAAUAACAACAACGUUGGGGUGAGCGAAUUUUUGGGGGAAGUCAAUUUGGAGUUAUCAAAAUAUAUUAAUAAGGCUUGCCAAAUUGCUAAUAAGCUAGAACUAGAUGCUGAGCUCAAGUUAAGGAAAAAAAAGGGAACGGAUUCGGACAACAAUUACAAUGGCUAUUUACAAGUUACUGUGCAGUUUCUGCCGCAAACGAAGGCCAAUAUGAAACCUGUGGGGCUUGGGAGGGAGGAACCAAACAGAAAUCCCUACCUCAGGACUCCCGAGUCGGGCAGGGACUGGAACGACUUCGUUUACUCCAUUGGAUUCAACGAUAUUUACAAGCCCUUCUGGGGAUGGCUCAAGAUAUUCUUUAUUUGUCUUCUCCUCAUCUGGGUCUUCAUCAUGUCGUUUGUUUAUCCGUCUCUCCUCAUGUAG